AGUAGCAAACAAACUCAAAGCAGCAGAAGCUGAAAGAGAGGAGCUGAAGAAGAAGAAGAAGAAGAAGACGAAGCUAUUUGGAAUCGAUCUCAAUCGCAUCACAAUCGCACCUCUUCUAGAGGCUAAAGAUGCCUCGAAAAUGUGGAGGGAAAUCAGAGACAGAGAAGCGGGAAAAACCCGCCCUAAUUCCUUCACCAAUCGAAUUAAAUCCAGCCGAAUCGCUAAUCUCCAUCUCUCUAAUUACAAAGAUAUUGUCUCCCCUCACAGAGGAUCCAUCAACUCUCUUCAGGUCGAUUUGACAGAGGGGCGAUAUUUGUUAUCUGGUGCAUCAGAUGCAUCAGCCGCCUGUUUUGACGUUCAGCGGGCCUCGGAUUAUGAGGGAAGAGGGCUUAUUGCUAAGCACAAGUGCUUAUUUACUGUUGAUAAGCAACACGAAACUGGGCAUAAAUAUGCUGUUUCUUCUGCUAUAUGGUAUCCUGUGGAUACUGGGCUCUUCAUCACUGGUUCUUAUGAUCACUAUAUAAAAGUCUGGGAUACUAAUACCUCUCAGGUGGUGGUGAAUUUUAAAAUGCCUGGGAAGGUUUACAGAACUGCAAUGUCGCCAUUGGCGACGUCUCACAUGCUGAUAGCUGCAGGUACUGAAGAUGUUCAAGUUCGACUUUGUGAUAUUGCUUCUGGUGCAUUUGCUCAUACCCUUUCUGGUCACCGUGAUGGUGUUAUGACAGUGGAAUGGUCUACAUCAAGCGAGUUUGUUUUAAUUACUGGAGGAUGUGAUGGUGCUAUCCGUUUUUGGGAUAUUAGACGUGCUGGAUGUUUUCGUGUUUUAGAUCAGUCUAAGUCUCAACUCGGGAGACGCCCACCAAUCCUUUCUUGCUCUACCACAAAUAAGGUUUCAGUUUCGAAGGCCUUAUCAGCAGGUCAAAGUUUGUCUUCAAAACCCCGGGCACAGCAAAAGAAAUCUGCGGGUGGGAAUGGAAUAAAGCAGUCACCUCUUUGUAGAACUCCAGCCAAGGGACCUGUCAGGCAGAGAUUGCAUCCAGGGAUGUUGUCUAGUCAGGAUCGUGCCACUGCACAUUAUGGUGCUGUUACUGGUCUUAAAAUAACUGAGGAUGGAAUGUAUCUUCUAAGUGCAGGAUCAGAUUCAAGAAUGAGGUUGUGGGAUGUUGAAUCUGGUUGCAAUACACUCGUGAACUUUGAAACUGUACGCCUACAGACUAGCAAAGCAAUUCAAUUGGCCACAACACAAGAUGCAUCACUUGUUUUUGUUCCAUGCAUGACAGCUGUGAAAGCAUUUGAUUUGUGGUCGGGUAUGACAUUCAGGACAUUUCGUGGUCAUUAUGAAUACGUGAACUGUUGCUGGUUUAAUUCUCAAGAUCAGGAAAUGUAUACGGGUGGAAAUGACAGGCAAAUUCUAGUCUGGUCUCCAUCCAGAUUGAUUGCUAAUGAUAUGGACAUGGGACCAGCUGAGGAUCAGGAUAACUGGAGUGAUUGACAGUUGCUAGGUUAUCUGUUUAUUCUAGAUACAUGAACAAUCUGCAUCUCUUACACGUUGUAAACCGCUGUACACGGACAUACUUCCUAGUUUAUCAUUCUUUAUCGCCGUGUAUUCGCUUCUACAGAUUGUGGUGUUUGCUCGAUAAUUUUAUAUUUUCAUUGUUAUGA